GACUAAUCAGAUAUUUGAUUUCUGAAAUUGUUUAGACUUUAGAUAUUAAAAACGCUGCUCUCUCUCGGCUUAGGCUUGCCCGCACCCUGCAAAAUUCUACCGAGGAAGACGACGCUCGACCGGAUAAGCAACAACCUCUUCACGCCGCCACGGCAUUCAGUCUCUUCUUUUUCCUUCUCACCUCUGUGAACAAGAAAUCAAUCUUCUACCCCAGCCUUUAUUCCGCGGUUCGUUGGGAUUGUCUACACCUCGACCCCGGCGACGACAGCUUGUAAGCUUUUCCUGGUCCUGGGCUCUUUUCUUCUUUUUGGCCUUCUCUCUGUGUACCCUGUUGACUGGCCAGCGUUUGAAUGAUUUGUUAACCUUUUCCAGGGCGCCUUAAAUUGGUCUCGAAGAUGGAUUUCGUGGUCCAUACUAACCAUACCCAUGAAGGGUUUUACUCGCUUCAACACUUUGACACCGCCACUAGGCACGGCGGGUCUUUUGGAGGUAGGGCAAAUACUAGAACUAGAUCAAGGUCCAGGGUUUCUGUGGGGACUGUAAAGCUGAGAAAAAGUAGAGUUCUUGCUGCUUCUCAUGUAGAAACUCUGCAUUCCAAUGGGAGAGCUUACACUUCAGAUAAACAGGCAAAUGGGCCUAUAACAAAUGGUCAUUAUAUCUCCUCAAAUCCACUGCACCCUGAUGGCAACAAUCAUCUCCGGAAAUUAGUUCGAAAUGGGGAGCUCGAGGAAGGGUUCAAGUUCCUCGAGAACAUGGUUUCUCAGGGCGGAAUCCCUGACAUAAUCGCGUGCACGAGCCUCAUUCGUGGGUUCUGCAAGACAGGGAGAACAAGAAAGGCUACUCGAGUGAUGGAUAUCGUUGAGGGCUCUGGUGCAUCUCCAGAUGUUGUGACUUACAAUGUAUUAAUCAGUGGGUAUUGCAAAGCAGGUGAGAUUGAGAAUGCGUUGAAGGUAUUAGAACGAAUGAGUAGUGAUGUUUUGCCUGAUGUUGUUACCUAUAACACCAUUCUUCGCACAUUGUGUGAUAAUGGGAAAUUGGAGCAAGCCAUGGAAGUUCUCGACUUGCAGCUGGAGAAAGGCUGUCAGCCUGAUGUCAUCACAUACACGAUUUUGAUCGAGGCGACAUGUAGGGAGAGUGGGUUUCGGCAGGCAUUGAAGUUAUUAGAUGAAAUGAGGAGUAGAGGGUGCAAACCUGAUGUGGUUACUUAUAAUGUUCUGGUCAAUGGGAUGUGCAAAGAGGGGAAGCUGGAUGAGGCUAUUAAGUUUUUGAACAGCAUGCCAUCUUAUAACUGCCACCCUAAUGUGAUCACUCACAACAUUAUCUUGCGUGGCAUGUGUAGUACUGGAAGGUGGAUGGAUGCUGAGAAGCUCUUAUCCGAAAUGGUUGGUAAAGGCUGUUCACCAAGCGUUGUUACGUACAACAUCUUAAUUAAUUUCUUGUGCCGCAAGGGUUUAUUAGGUCGAGCGAUUGAUCUUUUGGAGAAGAUGUCAAGCCAUGGAUGCACACCUAAUUCUUUGAGUUACAACCCACUUCUGCAUGGUUUCUGCAAGGAGAAGAAGAUGGAGAGGGCGAUCGAGUAUCUUGAGGUGAUGGUGUCUAGAGGUUGUUAUCCAGAUAUUGUGACUUACAACACUUUGUUGACUGCACUGUGCAAAGAUGGAAAAGUUGAUGCUGCAGUUGAGAUACUCAACCAGCUGAGUAGCAAAGGCUGCUCCCCCGUUUUGAUAACUUAUAAUACGGUUAUCGAUGGGCUUUCGAAAGUGGGGAAGACAGGUCAAGCUGCAAAAUUAUUAGAUGAGAUGAGGGGGAAAGGUCUGAAACCGGAUGUGAUCACUUAUUCAUCGCUUAUUGGUGGGCUUUGUAGAGAAGGAAAGGUUGAUGAAGGGAUCAAGUUUUUCCGUGACUUGGAUGGAUCAGGGAUUAAGCCAAAUGCUGUGGCUUACAAUUCUAUAAUGAUGGGACUGUGCAAGGGUGGACAGAGUGCUCGUGCAAUCGACUUCUUGGGUUAUAUGGUUUCAAAGGGGUGUAAACCCACUGAAGUUACAUACACCAUUUUGAUUGAAGGUAUAGCAGGAGAAGGGUUAGGUAAGGAGGCCUUGGAGUUGUUGAAUGAGUUAUGCAUAAGAGGUGCUAUCAGGAGAAGUUCAGCUGAGCGAGUCGCGCUGAGUGUGUAAGCAUCGCCUACUAGUCACCUUCAGUUUUGGUAGAAGUUCAUUAGCUGCUAUUGUAGAUUGUAGUUACAUCUCUCUGGUCUACGGUUUAUUAGAUGUCAGUCACAGUCACCCUCAUGGGACUAAAUAGCAUUACAUAGUUGGUUCUUUCCCCUUGGUCUGCUGUUUUCCUCUGGUAUCUGCUGUGACCGGGUUCGGAUUUGGUUAUGCUGUUGAAUGAGGUGUGUGUAUGGAUGGAGCUUCUGCUCUUGCACUCUACUGCUGACAAGUUUUGCAUUUAAGGGAUAUGCUUGGUUUGUCCGAUUGUUAAAUUGAUGUGUUGUGAUCAAUGUGUUGGAUAUACAUAUGUUGAUGAAUUUGGUGAUUAUAGAUUAGUGUGUUUGAUACAUAUGAUCGUGUUUUUAAUAAUUAAAAAGUAAGUCA